AUGAUGGUUUUGAAGCUUUUUGGAAUCAUUUUUUUCUGUGGCCUCCUCUCACCCUCGCAGGAAGUCUUGUCUGGUCUGUCCUGUGCUGUCAGCCCGCGGGCGAUGCAGAAUGUUCUCUCAGAUGCCAUAAUUCAUAGUGGGCUCAUCCACCAGCACCUGCAGGGUCUCGUGGUUCCCAACAUCAUGGGUGAAGGGAGUCAGCUGAGCUCUCCUACCAGCAUCACGGACCUGCACCUCAUCAAGGUCCGGGUGCCCAGGCUGUCGGUGGUGCUGCUGCCAGGGAUCGGGGUCCAGCUGACCAUCGGGGCAAAGCUGCAGCUCAGAGGCAACUGCUUGGUUGGCCUGCUCUCAGAACUCAUUGAUAUCUUAGUGGAAGUGAACAUUACUGCAAACAUUAAAUGCACAAACUUUGAAUCUGGCACGUUCCAGGUUGUCACUGAAGACUGCCUCUGCAUUCUUGGGGCCAUAAAGAUCAAGGUCCUUUCUGGCUUGCUCACCCUGUCAGUGAAUGAGCUGGUGCUUCGCCAGUUGACAGCGACUCUGCCCGCUUUGCUCUGCCCCGUGGUGGAUAUCGUGAUGAACCUUGUGAACAUCCAUCUCCUGAGCACUCUCAAUGCAGUGAUCCCGGUCGGCACAGCAGGAACAAUCCACUACCAGCUGGCCAGCAUCCCCUACACCUCUGGCAGGUUCCUUGGGCUGGAUUUAGAUGGCGUGGUGAAGCAGGUGGGAGGCAGCACCAUCCCCCACGACUCGUCCCCCUCUGCUUUGCCUCCUCUGAUGGACCGGCUCCUGCUCUUGGUGAUGCGCCAGAGCUUCCUCAAUGCAGUCCUGUCCCUCCUGCUCCAGCUGCCCCCACAGACCUUCCCCUGCACGCCAGACGUGUUCUCCGGUGCCAGCCGCCUGCGCGAGGCCGUGCGGACCAUCGCUCCUGCUGGGUGCUCUGCCUGCAGUGGGACCAGUCCUCUGAGCAUCAAGCUGGUGUUGAGAGGGAACCCGCUCAUCCUCUUGGAAGAAAACAAAGCCAGUGUCAAACUUUCAGUCCUGAUUCAGCUCUUCAGUAACCACUUAGAUGGAUCCAUCCUCAACUUCCUGCUGCUGAAGGCUGACCUUGCUCUAAACGUCCGUGUGUCCAUUGUUGGGGGCAGGCUGAUGCUGCAGCUGGCCUUGGGCAGCACUUCCCUCUCCUUGGAGUCUUCUGAUGUUGGCAUCAGUAAUAUCUCCACCCUGAAGCCCCACUGCAGCAGUUUGCUUGAGGAAAUAUUCGUGCCUGCCAUCAAUGGUGCCCUGAGCAUGGGGAUCCCUCUGCCCAAGGUGCUGCGCAUUCCCCUGGUGAAUGUGGAUUUUCAGAUAAAAGCGGGCCUGAUCGUGUUUCUGGUGUGAGCUGUGCAGCCAGAGGCAUGGAGAGCACUGUGGGGGCAGAGAGAGGAAAAGAGCAACAAGAAUGGAAUGCCAGG